UUGGGUGUAUCUGUCUUCCUCCCUGGAUUAGUAGAAUAAGAAACGAAACCGAGGAGACAAGAAAAAUGGAAAAAUCGCGGCGUAUAUAAAAACAGCUCUGUUCCUCAUCAUUUCCCCUCAUUCAUUACUCUCACUGAGAGCAAGAAUCUCUUCACUUUGCUUUCUUUCCUGCUUAGGGCAAACGGAAACAACCAAUAUCUUCUUUCCUUCUCUCAAUCCUCCAUUUCCCACUUCUUUCCAAUGACCCACCCCAUGGACUUGCUUCGAUCUAAUCUCUCCCGCGUUCGCAUUCCUGAACCUACCAAUCGCAUCUACAAGCAGGAAUGCUGCUUGUCCUUCGAUUCUCCGAGGUCAGAAGGUGGUUUGUUCGUUGAUUUGAAUACAUUUCUAGCAUUUGGGAAGGAUUAUGUAGGUUGGAACUAUGAGAGGACUGGAAAUCCUGUGUAUUUACACAUAAAGCAAAGAAAGAAGUUGGUUCCCGAAGACAGACCUUCAAAGAAACCUACUCUCUUAGCUAUAGGAGUUGAUGGUGGGUUUGAUAACAAUGAACCUGAAUAUGAUGAAACUUAUAGUAUCGUGAUACUGCCUAACUAUGCAACUCUUCCAUUUCCUUCUGUGGAGCUGCCAGAGAAGGUAAGGUUGGCAGUUGAUGCUGUCUUAUUGGCUGAGGGCGCUGAAAGAAAAGAGCAACUUGCAGCAUGGACAGCUGAUAAGAAGCAGAUUAGUUCAUAUGCGAUGAAUCUGCAGCAGAUUGACAAUGGUGUUAUAGUUCCUCCUUCUGGGUGGAAGUGUUCAAAAUGUGAUAAAACAGAGAAUCUGUGGCUCAAUUUAACUGAUGGCAUGAUCCUUUGUGGGAGAAGAAAUUGGGAUGGGACAGGAGGUAACAACCAUGCUGUUGAGCACUACAAAGAGACAGGCUAUCCUCUUGCUGUUAAGCUAGGGACGAUCACAGCUGACCUUGAAGCAGCAGAUGUUUACUCUUAUCCAGAGGAUGAUAGUGUGUCGGACCCACUUCUAGGACAACAUCUUGCUUUCUUUGGCAUUGACUUUUCAUCCUUGCAGAAGACUGAAAUGACCACUGCUGAAAGAGAGCUUGACCAAAACACUAAUUUUGAUUGGAAUCGGAUACAAGAAAGUGAACAGGAAGUUGAACCGGUCUUUGGACCAGGUUAUACUGGGCUUGUUAAUUUAGGGAACAGCUGCUACCUGGCAGCGACGAUGCAAGUUGUAUUUUCAACGCAUUCAUUCUGUGAAAGAUUCUAUGCAAAACAAAGUUUAAAAUCGGCUUUUGAAACUGCACCUGCAGAUCCAACCGUCGAUCUUAACAUGCAGCUAACAAAGCUGGCACAUGGUUUGCUAUCCGGAAAAUACUCAAUUCCUUCACCAGAGAAAUUUGACAAGUCAAAUUCUUCUUCCUCAGCUAUAAAUGCAAAACAAGAAGGCAUACCCCCUCGGAUGUUCAAAGCAGUUAUUGCCGCUAGCCAUCCUGAGUUUUCUACAAUGAGACAGCAGGAUGCCUUGGAAUUCUUCCUGCAUUUUCUUGACCAAGUUGAGCGGCAAAAUUCUGGGAGUUUUGGAAGUGAUCCUGCGAGAAGCUUCAAAUUUGGUAUUGAGGAUCGUAUUGUAUGUUCCUCUGGAAAAGUUGCUUAUAACAGACGACAUGAUUACAUUCUCUCACUGAACAUCCCAUUACAUGAAGCUACUAAUAAAGAUGAAGUUGAAGCUUUCCAAAAGCUCAAGGCACAAAAGAUCUCAGAAGGGAAGGAACUCAGAGGCACUGAUGAAAUUGUCCGGCCUAGAGUACCUCUAGAGGCAUGUCUUGCAAGCUUUUCAUCUUCCGAGGAGAUUCAUGAUUUUUACAGUACUGCCUUGCAAACUAAAACUACAGCAAUCAAGACUGCAAGAUUAACUUCCUUCCCAGACUACCUGGUCUUGCAUAUGCGCAAGUUUAUUAUGGGGGAGGGCUGGGUGCCCAAAAAAUUAGAUGUGUAUAUUGAUGUCCCUGACAUCAUUGAUCUUAGUCAAAUGCGUAGUAAAGGACCUCAGGCUGGGGAAGAGCUUUUGCCCGAGGCUGAUCCUGAGGACGAGUUUCAGUCAAGUAGACCUUCAGCCAACGAUGAUAUUGUUGCUCAACUUGUGUCAAUGGGAUUUAACCAUCUUCACUGUCAGAAAGCUGCCAUUAAUACCUCAAACGCUGGAGUUGAAGAGGCUAUGAAUUGGUUACUUUCUCACAUGGAUGAUCCAGAUAUAAAUGAUCCAAUCUCCCAGAAGGCAGAUUAUAUUGUUGAUCAAACAAAAGUGGAUAUGUUGCUUCAGUUUGGUUUUCAAGAAGCCAUUGCUAAGAAAGCAUUAAAGGCAUCUGGUGGUGACAUUGGGAAAGCGACAGAUUGGAUAUUUAACAAUCCUGAAGCUUCUAUAUCAUCAGAACCAGACUGUUUGGACGCCACUACAUCAAGCACACCAACUAACGUCGAUGCCGGGCUACCUGAUGGUGGAGAGAGAUAUAAACUGAUGGGAAUAAUAAGCCACAUUGGGACUUCUACUCAAUGCGGUCACUAUGUUGCGCACAUCUUUAAAGAUGGUAGAUGGGUUAUUUUCAAUGACGACAAAGUUGGGGUUUCGGUUAACCCCCCCAAGGACAUGGGAUAUUUAUAUUUCUUUGAAAGACUCAAAGAGUAGACAGCGGAUUUCGUUGCAGAAAAGAACUCAAGCUUUUGAAACUUCACCCAAAUAUGGUAAGAACUGAGCCAGGGAGAAAAAGGAAAAAAAUCACUCAAUUGACAGAUACACCAGCUUUGGUGCGAUGAUCGAUCCAAACUGAACCGUGCAAUGCCUCUAAUUAUGAUGCAAGAUUUUGUGAAAAACGGUGGCUUGUUGGGACUGGUUUUGUUGCUGUAAUGGAUGGCUAUUCUAUAUUGGGUGCCCCCGUCUCCCUUUCCCCCCUACAAGAAAUUUUAUAUACAAUUGUUUCCAUGGUUCUCCCUUUGUUUUCCGAUUUUUUUGGGAAAAAACAAAUUAGGAAGAGUUGAAUAUAACCCUAAAGUCAUAUACUUAGUUCCACAAUAAGAAAAAGCAAGUACAACUCAUGCUGAAAGUUAUUUGUCA